UUGCUCGGUGUGAUCUGGGCUCUGUUGUUAUGGUUGGAGUCUGGCGCCAAUUUUUGUGUUCUGUGAAAGCUCUGAGCUCUGUGUGUGAGACUGGUUCAACGUGUGUUUAUCCGUUUCUGGGUGAGGAAGCAGUGUUAUUAUGGACACUCAGUCCUACAUGCCCGUGUCUCCGGGGGUGGGGAUGGAGGAGAAUUUCCUCUCUCUGGAUGAUAUCUUGCUGUCGCAGGAGCGGCUGCCCUGUAAGACCGACACGGAGUUUCCAGGACUCGGAUUUCUGGAGAAGAACGCAGACAGUCGCCACAUACCUGAGGGCACGAAGAUGGAGAUGCCGCUGUGGUUGGCUAAGGGCUUGUAUGAGAGGAAGCGGCGGGUGAUCUCUGUGGAACUGCCUAAAGUGUAUCGCGAGGGCUGGAGGACAGUGUUCGGAGCUGAUGCCAACGUGGUGGAUCUUCACAAAAUGGGACCUUACUACUACGGUCUGGGUUCGCAGAUGCUUCACUUUGACAGCCCAGAGAACCUGGAGAUCGCUCAGACUGUUCUACAGACAUUUAUUGGCCGUUUUCGACGCACCAUGGACUCUUCCCAGAACGCAUAUAACGAGGACACAUCAAUGCUGGUGGAGCGACUGGACUGCCUGGAGAGGGCGCUGUUCAGGCAAGGCCAGAGCGGCCUUAACGGCUUCCAGCUGUGGGAGAAAGGCCGUGCCGCCCAGCUGACCGCCUCCAGUCUCGUCACCAAUUACCGCAAGAGGAAGAUCACUGACCUGCAAGCCUGAGCGCAGGAUCAGAGAGACUUAUAUAAGAAAAGGUGGAGACGAUGUUAAUGUGAGCGCGAGUGUGUGUGUGUGUGUGUUUGUGUGUGUGUGUUUGUGUGUGUGUGUUUGUGUGUGUGUGUGUGUGUGUGUUUGUGUGUGUGUUUGUGUGUGUGUGUGUGUGUGUGUGUGUGUGUGUGUGUGUGUGUGUGUGUGUGUGUGUGUGUGUGAAUGCGAGAGGGGUAAAUGAGCUUUGUUUUGAUUGUGCUUAGAGACUCUUUGGAUUAUAUUUUAAAAUCUUUUGUACUGUUUUGUAAGGAAUCUUGAUUUAAGUCACUUUUGAUGUACCAGAUCAGUAAAUUAAUUAAAUAUGAAAACACAGA